CAAACUCUUCUUUGUCUACAGCACAAUGCCGUGUAGGAAGAGUGUCUUGUCUUUAGGGAACCUCUGUGUUCUGAGCAUAACCCAGCUGCUGGUAGACGUCAUUCAUCUCAGCAGCGAAGAGGGACAAGACAAGGCUAAGUGCACUGACCAGCAAGAGAAAUCAACAGGUGUGAGUGACCAGUCCUCAGAUGCCAGUCAGAAGCAGGAUGAAGCAACAGGUGCAGCUCAGCAGAAUGACACCUCAACAAGUGCCACUGUGGAGGAGCAGGUGCAACUCCAGAAUACCACAGAAGAGAAGGCACAUGCAGAGGGUACGGCCGAGGAGCCACGACAGCCAGAUAUGUGUAAUCAUGAUGAUUCAGUAAAUCAUAUGCAGGAAAUGGAGGAGAAGAGUAGUGAUGAGAAGACAGAGAAGACAGAGCAGAAGGAUGAAAAGGUAAAGAAGGAUGGUACAGAUAGUGAUAACAGAAGAGAGAAGGAAAAGGAUAGUCAUAGUGGUGGUUCCCAGGAGGAUAUGAGGGAAAGAUUAGGAACGCUAAGACAGGAGUUGGGCGUGCAAUUAACAUCCCACUCUCACGUAAUGCUGCACGAGCUCCUCUUCUCGAACAUCAUAACGCGCCUAGACCUGCUGUACAUGCGGCAGAAGAAGAUACGGAAGGCGGUGCAAGACAUCCUACCUCAUUUUCUCAACUCUUCUUUGAGGGAACUUGACUUCGGCAGAACAAAGAUGUUCUCAGAGCAGGAGAUGUGUAAGAUUCUUUUUGAUAACCUACACAAGGCUGUAAACCUCAGGAAGUUAAUGAUUGGACGAUCUUGUUAUUGGCGGUCGAAGAUUUUUGAAAACCUGUGCACAAAACUCUCACACUUGCCUCACUUGACAGAGUUAGGGAUUCAAUAUAUUUGCACCCCUGAAAUGAUCAGUGGCCUCUCAGAAUCAUGUCCUCUGCUGUGUGAACUAAAUUUAAAGGGUUCAGAAAAGAUAACAGACCAGCAGUGUGAGGAGAUAGCCAAGUGCGCAAGCCUCAAGAUGCUCGACAUCUCCGGGACACGGAUCACAGGGAAAGGUUGCUGGAAAAUUGUGGAUUCCAUAAAGAAUCUUUCAUGGCUGCAGCACUGUGCCUUCAACUGUAACUCCGACUCACUCCUGUUUGAAUCGAGAGCAGAUCUCUUUGACCGCAUCAAGGAGCAGCUGAUCCACGGUGACGCAACCACGCUCGUGCGGCCAGACCUGAGCAUGAGGGAUGAGAGAUUCAACCUCAAGAACUUCUGGCUCUUUAACCCCCAGACGGAGGACUUGCUCACCUCGGUUCUUUUCCCGCACCUGGAACACAUACGGCUGGAUUUUGUGUUUCAGGACAUGACGGAGGAGCCUGACGUUUCCAUGCUCACCGCGCAGCCAAAGCUGAAAAAACUGCAAGCCAACUUGUACGACCGGUGUUCAGUGGACUUGGUGAGACGCAUGGUGGAAGCCUGUGGAAGCCAGCUCACGGUGCUAGAUCUUCAUUUGGCUGACGACUGGUUCUUUGUCGCUGAGGCACACAAUGUUGUAGCCAGCUGCUGCCCGAAUCUUGUAAAUCUGACAUUUUCUGGUGACUAUAAGGCCAGGUACAGUCUAGAGGACAGCGAUGAGCGGUUAGACAUGGGCAUUCCAGCUCCGGCCCAUCAGCACCUAGAACACCUCAAUCUGACAGGUGUGAUUAGUAACCGCCGCCUGAGAUUCGUGCUGAGCCACACGCCAGCCCUCCGCACCCUCCACUUAGAUGGGGAGCUAGAGUGGCUGCAUGAUGCGACCUUCACCUCCAUUCUGGAGACUAACCCACUGCCAGAUCUUGAGGAAGUCUGGUUCAAUGUCUCAACCACUGUCACAUUAGACACCGUGCGGUUGUUACUAAUGCACGAGAACUCUAUACGGUGCAUUGGACGCCUCUGCCACAUGGGGGCUGCUACCAUGGAGGAGUACCAGGAACUGCUCAGCCUUGUACGAGAGCAUAAUUUAGACACAAAGUUAAUCUGGGUAACAGAUGAGCGGGUAAAGUAGAUGUUUAAAGCAAGGAUAAAGGACUUUGUGAGCUAAUUUGAAGACCUCAAGUGAACCUUAUAUCUUUAUGUAUAGGUAAGCAUAAUAUAUGUUUGUAUAUAUGUAUAUGCUUUUUAUUGAUAUCAAAACAAUGAAAAGUGAGUGGAUGAUUUGAAUGAAUGGACUUUCUGGUCAUUAUUAUUUAUGCAAUUUUAUUUUUGUAAAGGCACCUUCCUUUCCCAACCACAUUUUCUGCAUUAGCAAUAUGUUGUAUCCAUGAAUAUAUCUGUUAUAUUUGCAUGAACUUCUUCAUGCAUAUCAGGAUCAGAUUGCUGUUGUAUCUGAAGUGUAAAGAUAAUUCUGACAUUAUAAUAAUGUUACUGUAUAUUACUAUAUGAAGUAUUUUGUAUUGAGCUGCAUGCAUAGACGUUAUGCAAAAGAAGUUAGGAAUUUCUGAAGAAACUUAGGAAAAUAUUCAUUGGAUAUUUUUUUUAAGAUGUAUCAAAAAAGUUAGUACCUGUAUUGGAAACAAAAAGAUGUUCAAAUUUUCUUUCUUAUGGUCCUAAGAAGGAAGUUUAGUUUAUGUUGUUUUCUUUCAUAACAUUUUUCCAUUUUAAUGUAUUCUAUCUUUUUAUUUAUUUAUAUAUUUAUUUCUUGUGUACAGAAACUAAUGACUGUUGGACAAUUAGAGAGAUGUUUGUGGUACUACCUUUUGAAAAAAAUAUUGUUUGUUUGUGGGCUUUGUUUAUCAUUUCCCAGAUGUUAGGUUAGUUGUCUGUUUGUCAUCUGGCCGUUUGCACUAAUAAAAGCCGCGGAAAGUUGUCUGACAAUAAUUUCGUAAGUGUCUUACUCCGAAUUGAGGCUGUGAGAUAACAACAGAUCCACAGAUUUUUAUGCUGUUUUAAUUACUCUUAACAAGAUUUUUUUUUUUCUUCUUCUUUUUUUUUUUUUUUUUCUUUCUUUUUUCUUUUUCUUCUCUUCUCUUCUCUUCUCUCCAUUCUUGAAUAUAACACUGGAUUGGACUUGGUUCAUGCACUGAGAAGAUAGUAACUGCUGUGGAAUACCAUAUAAUAGUAACUAGAUGUUCUGCUAUAUUACUUUUUUUUUUUUUAGAUUUAAUUACAUUAAUUUUGCCAUUCAUGCUCAUAUUGAACAAACAGAAAGUUUCAAAUGCAGUAUUAAAUUAACAUGAUUAUAGAAUGCACUUCAUGUCUGCAUAUAAAGAGAUACCUAUUCAAAAUGAGGAGUAAUUAUGAAGUGAAUGUUAAAAUCUCUUAGGACUGUUGUGGUCUCCCUCGGACCAUUGUAUCCUGCAGCAUGUUCAGUAACAUGCCACUUGAAUAAACUUAUUGCUCGAGAUUCAA